AUGGCACUGUUUGCCCCGUUUCGAGUCCUCGGGGAUGUCUCCUCGGACGUUCCAUUCUCGACGCACAAACGAGGCAUCGAAACGUACGCGACGACUGCCUCCGGGCGAACCUUCCACAUCUUCGACUGUAAAAAGCUCACGUUAGCCAUGCUCGGUUCGAUGCACGAAGCGGACGUUUCACUGGUGUGCGCGAAACGAGAUUGGACGUUUACCGCGUGCUCCGGGAGGAAGAUUUAUUGCAGCCGCCGGGUGAACGUGACGUGCGAACUCGUCGGACACGCGACGGAAGUGAAGCAUUUGUUCGCGUUCGGAACUUUACUCGUGAGCAUCGAUCGAUCGGAGCACGUUUUAGUGUGGGACAUAAGCGAGAAGGUGAUGAAAAGGAGAGAACGAGAGUAUCGCGCGUUUACGAGGGAAAGCGAGAGGAAAGCGAGGGAGGAGAGAAGACGGCAAGUGUUGGAAAGGAGGAAAGAGAAGGAGGAACGAAGACGAACGAAUAGUAAGGAGAGUAGUACUACUACGACUCGCGUGGCGUCGACGAAAGAGAUUUUUAACGAGCUGAUGAGGAAAGCGCCGUGGUGUUUGCGGAAGAUUAAACGUUUGGAGAAGGCGAAGGAUAUUGGUUCGUUUCCCGGAGACGACGACGACGACGACGGCGACGAGGAAGGAAAAGGGAACAAUAUGCAAAGAAAACGAUCGCACAGAGAUGAAGAAGAUUCCGACGAGGACGAGGACGAUACGUUUAAACGCGUCAGAGAUAUGGAUAAGUUGGACCCAGAUGCGAUUACCGGACGACGGUACGAAGGCGAAGACUCGGAUUCCGAUGAAGACGAAGGAGAAGAAAAUGACUCGGACGACGACGAAGAGGAGGAGGAUGAGGAAGACGAAUUGGAAGACGACAAGGGAGAGGGAGAGAAGAAAGAUGGUAAAGAUGACGAUGCAAACGCAGAAGAGGAGGGAGAAGACCCGAUGGAUUUAGCGGCGACUAUUAUGGUCUUACCUGAUUCGUUCGGUGGGAGCAUAACCUGUAUUGCGCAUCCGGAUACCUACAUUAACAAAGUCGUCCUAGGAAAUAAAAGAGGGAAACUAUUACUAUUGAAUAUUGUCACCGGACGCAUCGUAAAAGUGUUAGGUGGCACUGCGGACGAUUUAGAAACGAACGAUGCGGAGAUUACGUUUGUUCAAAACUCGCCGGCACUCGAUGUCAUUGCGGUUGGUUUUUCAGACGGACGGUGCGUUUUAUACGACAUCAAUAAAGAGCGAGCGAUUAUGACGUUACCACACGAUUGUAAAGUGACUUGCUGCGCGUUUAACGCGCAAGGAAAUCAGGACGAUAACGACCCACUCAUUGUCGUGUGUGAUGUGAAUGGCACGAUAACCACGUGGGACUUAGAGAAGCGACGACAGAGAGAUUUGAACCAGCGAGCGCACGACAGCGAGAUUAUUUCGUGUUAUUUUUUCCCGGGACAACCGUUACUGAUGACCUCGGCGAAAGAUAACUCCUUGAAGCAGUGGGCGUACGAUCAGUCGGAUGGUUCGAGCAGAUUGUUAAAGUUUCGCUGCGGCCACGGGAAACCUCCAAAUUUAGUAUCAUUCUACGCGGACGGAAAGCGCAUCUUUGCCAGCGGUAGCGACAAAUCUUUGAGAGUGUGGUCGACGAUCCAAGAUCAGCAGAGCAAAGAACUUUCGCAAUCGCGCGUCGCAUCUCGAGCCAAGAAACUGAACAUACACGAAGAAGAGUUGAAACUACCGACGGUGUCGUACGUGUCGUGGAACGAAUUGCGCGAAUAUUCGUGGGCAAAUAUCGCAUCCUGCCACGAAAAGGAAAAUAAAGUGUACACGUGGCGAUUGGGAACCGGAAUUUUAGGUGAAAACGUGCUGGAGACGCCACAAAAAGAAGGCGAUACUUCCGAGUGCACUUCGUGCGCUAUAUCGCAAUGCGGCAGUUACUGCUUCGUGAGUUACGAAUCCGGCGCUGUUCGCAGGUACAAUAUGCAGAGCGGUCUUCAUCGCGGCGACUUGAAGCGCGUCGUUGGCGUCGGCCCGGAUAACAGGAUCGAUAAAAACGCCCUGGCGAAAAGCUUGAAAGGUAACGAAGGGUACAACUUUCCAGGCGGUAAAAAAUCCGUGUGGGCGUAUUCUGGUCCGCAAUUGGGUAGCAUCAUAGACAGUAGGUACACGACGUCAGCGCACGACGGAAAAUGCGCCUUGGUGCAAACGGACGGCAUGAACCGUUACGUGUGUACCACCGGCGGAGAAGAUGCAAAGGUUCGCGUGUGGAAAUAUAGCGACAUGAAACUUGAAGGCGAGAUGGAUUUAGGCGCACCUGCGUUACACGGAACAGGCUAUUUACACAAAACUGCGGAAUUAUUCGCCGUUGCUUUACAAGAUGGAACUAUUCGAUUGUUCGAUAUUGGAACCAAGAAACGAGUGCGGACGUUUCGCUUGAACAAGGAGAAAAGCAACCAAGACGGCGGCGAUGAAAAAGACGUUGACGGAAGUAAAAAGAAAAAGAAAAAGAAAAAGCUGGUCUUGGCGACGAAAGUGGAAAUCACCUCCGAUCGCGAAUGGGUGAUUUCCUGCGACACUCUCGGCAUGCUUAAAGUCUUCGACAUUCCCUCUGCUCGUUUAUUACAAACAAUGAAAAUGGGAUCCGAUAGAAUCACAAGUUUUGCGCUGUCGCCUACGCUCGAGUAUCUCGCGACUACGCACGCCGGUAAAAGGGGCGUUUUCCUCUGGAACAAUCGAUCGCUUCUCUCCACAGACGAAGGCUUGGACGAUGUCGUUGAAAGUAUCGGUGGUACAGUUGAGCUUGAAGCACCGAAAAUGACUGCAUUAGCAGACGACGACGGUAACUCAUCGUUAGAGAAAGGAUCCGACGUAAACGACCAGAUGCUUUUAGACGACGACGCGGACGAUGAAGACGACAUGAUACUCGACGCCGCGGAUGAGAUGGAAGCGAAAAAAACCGAUCCGUGGGAGCAACAAAAGAGAGAUUUGAUUGCGUCUAUCCCUGCGCAGCUCGGCCCUGGCAUGGCAACCUUGUCUUUGCUUCCGCAAAAGCAGUUGGAAGAUUUGAACAACCUGGACGAAAUUCGCGCCAGAAAAGGAAAGGAUCCAAACGUGCGAAACAUGACGGAUGCAGAGAAAGAGGAGGAGCAAGACGAUUUUGGACAAGUGAGAGCACCAUUCUUUCUACCUACGAAAGCAGAUGAUACCGAUGUUCGGAACUCUGCGUUCAUAGUCGAAGAAAACGGCGAUGAUGACGAUGAUGAUAUGAAAAAGGGCGAUAACGCUCAAGUCGCCGUGCGUUCCAGAAUCUUAAAACGCAACGACGAGAACGGAAACUCUUUAGAUGCCGAUUGCGAACUUCUCAGACGAUGGAAGCGAGGUGCGCGCGAAAUUGCCGAAUUCGAACAACUCCGCCUCGCCAAUAGCGCGAGGAAAAACAAACCAAUCGCGCUGAAACAGAAAGCCCGAACGUCCGCGUACGACGGCCCGUACCGCGAAGCCCUCCGUCUCCUCCUCGCCUCCACUCCAGAAAUCGUCGAAUCUGAAAUCAAAUCCAUCGGCCCUUGGGACAUCGAAACCGCCACGGAGGAGGAGUUAGAACAAAUCGGCAUCGGCAUAGAUUUCUUUCACCACGAAGUUCUCUCCGGAAUGAACUACGACGCCAUCCAAGCCUUACUGCGCUUGUUUCUCGCCUCGCACGGCGAAACCAUUGCCUCGAACGAAGGCUUAAAAGAUCGAUGCAGAAAGUUACGCCAAGCCGUCUCGGAGAGCUGGGAACGCUUGGACGGCAUGUUUAACGAAAUUCGAGCGACGUUCUCGCAUUACGCCGGCGCGCAUUGA